AUGGCCCUGGAGAAAGAAAAACUGUGCAAAGGCCCUGCAAAUAGUUCAUUACCGCCGAUUAGUGUGAGGCACUGUGAUGAGAGAAGUGCAGGACAGGGAAGAGAGAAGGGUGGGCGGCAGCGGGUUGGAGGUCCACAAGAAGGUGCCGCCAGAAGAUCUGAGAAUGGGUUUUCACAGCCCCUAAGUGUCGAGGGUGAGGGGACGGAGGGAUCCAGCUCCGGCCUCCACCUCCACUUCCCCACCUGCCCCGACCCAAGCGCCCUCGGGGAAAGGGAACUGGACAGCUCCCCAGGUGGCAUUGGGCUCCUUCCGGGUCAGAGCCGGCCAGCUGAGACCUGCCAGCAGCCAUGUGGGUCUGGGCCUUUGGGGCCUUUCCGACUAGGGUGCUUCGACCUUGGGCGGAGGGCCCUGCCUUCCUUUUUCCUACCGCUCAUGGCCCCCGGCCCUCGGCUCCAGGGCGGGGCGGAGCGGGCUCUUAAAGCAAUAAAUGUAGAUCUUCAAAGUGAUGCUGCUCUGCAAGUGGACAUUUCCGAUGCUCUGAGUGAGAGAGAUAAAGUAAAAUUCACUGUUCACACAAAGAGUUCGUUGCCAAAUUUUAAACAAAAUGAGUUUUCUGUUGUUCGACAACAUGAGGAAUUUAUCUGGCUUCAUGAUUCCUUCGUUGAAAAUGAAGACUAUGCAGGUUAUAUUAUCCCACCAGCACCACCAAGACCUGACUUCGAUGCUUCAAGGGAAAAACUACAGAAGCUUGGAGAAGGAGAAGGGUCCAUGACAAAGGAAGAAUUCACAAAGAUGAAACAGGAACUGGAAGCUGAAUAUUUGGCAAUAUUCAAGAAGACUGUUGCAAUGCAUGAAGUGUUCCUAUGUCGUGUGGCAGCACAUCCUAUUUUGAGAAAAGACUUAAAUUUCCAUGUCUUCUUGGAAUAUAAUCAAGAUCUGAGUGUGAGAGGAAAAAAUAAAAAAGAGAAACUUGAAGAUUUCUUUAAAAACAUGGUUAAAUCAGCAGAUGGAGUAAUUGUUUCAGGAGUAAAGGACGUAGAUGAUUUCUUUGAGCAUGAACGAACAUUUCUUUUAGAAUAUCAUAACCGAGUUAAGGAUGCAUCUGCUAAAUCUGAUAGGAUGACAAGAUCCCACAAAAGUGCUGCAGAUGAUUACAAUAGGAUUGGUUCUUCGCUAUAUGCUUUAGGAACUCAGGAUUCUACAGAUAUAUGCAAGUUUUUUCUCAAAGUUUCAGAACUAUUUGAUAAAACCAGAAAAAUAGAAGCACGAGUGUCUGCUGAUGAGGACCUCAAACUUUCUGACCUUUUAAAAUAUUACUUAAGGGAAUCUCAAGCUGCUAAGGAGAAUCAGGACAAAGUGAAACCAUUAUGUUCCUCAGUCAGAGGACCUAGCUGUAUAGGAACCGCAGAGGAAAAGGAACAAGUAGAAAGCGAGCAUACGGACGGUCUGUUCUUUGCAAACCCAGAUAACCAGGGGAAAGCGCGAACGCAGUCCCCCACUACCACAAAUUAUGCAGUCGAGUUUCCCACAUUUGGGGAAAUCGCAGGGGUCAGCACAUCCGGAGUGCAAUGGAUAAGCCUCGCCCUGGGAAAACCACCUUCGUGA